AUGAGCAUAAUGAGCAUAUCGCUGCAUUCGGCCUCGUCGGACACGGUCUCUUUGACAAGCCGACGCACGAUUUCCACGCAUAAGCACUGGGCCGCCAUAUUCGAUGAACGUAUUUAUCAGGUCAGACGCUUAUCAAUCGCACCUAGAACGAUGAUUGUUUGUAGGUGUGCAACAUCGUCCAUCCGGGACUUCCGAUCGACUUCGAUGCCGUCGAACACAUUCGCUUCUUCCUCCAGAGUAUUGUUUCUGAGGUAUUCCAUCUCUUCUUCCAUUCCCUAAUCCCUCGCCCACUUCAGCUGAUCGAGGCACGUGCCACAAGUGUCGUUGAGGUUGACAAAAUAGCAAAGAAGCUGUUCGGCUUCGGACUCGUCUCCGUUUGUAAAGAUGCAUGGGAUAACAUGCACCAGCAAUUACAAAAGCACAAGUACCAAAAACCUAAUAAAUCUGUGCUGGAAAGUCAACAUCGUUUGGCGGCUGUUAUUAAAGUGAGUUGUUGAAUUGAAAUUGGCGCAUGACGUCUUGAAUUCAGGAGACACUGGGUCCACGCGAGAAAGACAAAAGGGAUCGAGAGAAGCGAGAAGUCGAGAGAAUCGCCAGUUAUGUGUACUACGCGUGUGAAAGUGUCACGGAAGACGUGCUCCGACUCACCGGAAACUAUGUGAAGAACAUACGAAACAGCGAGCAAAAGAUCACAUUGGCUAAUCUUGAUGUGGCAUUGAAUGCUGACAGAGUAUGGUAAAAAGCAGAGCUGGGCAAAUUUCGGCCCAGGCUUUUUGAAGGCUCUUUAAGGUCCAGACUUUUGAACCACUUGCAAUGAUACGAUCUGACGAAAACUUCACAGGCAAACCGGCGUGGGUGAAAUGAGAGCGAGGCUUGGGCGAACGCUCAUGCCGAAAGAUGUACCAAACAAACCCUCGCCGACCGCCGGUGAGCCUGAUUUUACCCACGCUGGUUUGCCUGUGUUUGCAGGAUUCUUGGACUGGGAGUGAAGUAUUUUGGGUUCAAGUUUCAGAGCGAUCCGAAAAUCCGAUCGGUCUGAUACCUGAACCUAAUAUACUUCAAUCCCAGUCCAAGAAUCCUGCAACGUUUUUGUCCGAUCGUAUCAUUGCAAGUGGUUCAAAAGUCCAGGCCUUCAGAAAGCCUGGGCCGGCCUUUUGCGCAGCCCUGGUAAAUUGCGACAAGAAUCAUAGCGACCCUCUUAUUUUAGGCUUUGAUGGAACUCCGAACAAAACUGCGAAAUGAAGAAGAGGCUGAGUCACCGGGAGGAUUCGGAUUCCUCGCGGAAUUCGAGGAAUUUGUAGCCGAAGAGACGGAGCACGCAGAGAAAGCGACAGUGAACACGCAGACGUACGAAGCAGUUGCCGUCGAGUUUUUGCGCGACGAGCGAAGAUUCAUACGCGAGCUGAACCGAAUCAACGUGUUCCGACGAAGGAUCGAGUCGGUGGCGACCGAGGAGGACAAGAUCAUCUCCAGCAAUCUGUUCGGAAAUCUGUCGGAAAUCCAUGAGUUGGCUCUAAAAAUUGAACGAACGCUGGAAGAUGCGAUCGAGUUGAAUGACACGCAGUGCAUAGGAAUGGGCAUCUGGGACCUGGCGGAGGCGUACGAAUUCGACGCCUACACUUCGUAUAUAAUGCGAGAAGGCGAUUCGGAUGAACGACAACUCGCCACGUUUGUCAUCAACGACAACAUCCACGGACUGAUGAAUAGUGCGCGAUUUGCUCAGCUCUUCGAAUCGGAAGAUCAUUUAUUCAAUAGUUCACUCGAUGGGCAGUCAUUCCGACUCGCUGUGCAGUACGUGCUUCCGCAGUUGUUGCACAUUCCCAUCUUUCACAUUUAUCAGUAUCUCGACUACAUUAAUGUAAGCUUCGAGUUAUUUAAGAAGCCGUAUACCGAGCUUUCAGAAACUUCACCAAAUCAGUUCAAGCGAAGAGGACCGCUCCGAUCUGAAUAAUUGCCGAGUUGCGCUGAAAAGUGUGGGGUCAGCGGUCGAUUCGAUGUGCUCGAUGCUGCCGGAACUCAAGUUGAAGAUCACUUCGUUCCUAGAUCAGCAGGCAAAGAGCGAAAAGAUAUACAAUGUGAAACGACUCAAUGAGAUCCAGUCGUCUAUUGAUGGAUUUACGGGCAGCCCGAUCGGAAAGACGUGUAACGAGCUGGAGAAAGAAGGCGACAUGGGAAUGGUCCGCCCGUCACUCACCUUCUCGGGAGAGAUAACCAAGAAUAAAAAAUGGAAAACCGAACGGUAAACAGUUGUGUUCUUCUAUUCGCUAAAAAUUGCUUAUUUUCUAGGUUCGUCUAUGUUUUCGAUCAGAUGCUUGUUCUCUGCAAACGUCACAAGAACUCGUUGAAGUUCAAAGAUCGUCUGCCGGUUCACUCGAUCGAUGUUUUCGACAUUCCGGAUUCAGAAGUCACGAGCUGCUUCAAGUUGGAAUCCCGCGAUCAGUCGAGUCUUCCGAAGGCCUAUCACUUUGUCUGUCGAAGCGCCGAGGAGAAAAGACAAUGGAUGACAGUUUUGGUGAAAGUGACGACGAAGAGUGUUCUCGAUCGCAUUUUGGAUAAUUUCGAGAAGGAAGAAGCGAAAAGAAUACCUCUUAUUAUCCCGGGACCUGAUCAGUACCGAUUCGCCGAGCCCGAUUCGGAGGAAAACAUCUCGUUCGAAGACUACACUUCGAGCAGUGGGAUUCCCGUUAUCAAGAACGGAACUGUGCUCAAACUCAUCGAAAGACUCACUUAUCACUCGUAUGUUCUCUGUUUUCAUAAUUUGUAUCCCAUUCCUUUUUCAGCUACACCGACAGCAAGUACAUCCAAACGUUCCUCAUCUCCUAUCGCUCGUUUUGCACUCCAAACGACCUAUUCAGCCUUCUUCUGGAAAGAUUCAACAUUCCGAUUCCGAACAAACUGCAGCAACAGCAGAGACAAGGCGGAGGACCACUGGCGGGCCGAUACGAUACUGUGCAGUCCCACGGACUCUCCACUAAUCCCGGUUAUCACCCACUUUACGAACCGAGUUUCCAACGAUUCAGGAAGGAAUACGAGCGACCCGUCCAACUACGGUAGGACUUUGAAAGACCUGGAUGAGACUCUCGAAAAUAGGCAUUUUCAGAGUAUUGAGUGUCAUUAACCAAUGGGUGAAACUUCACUGGUACGACUUCGCGUGCGAUCCAAUGCUCCUCGACGCCCUCGAACUGUUUCUCAAUCGAUGUUGUGAUCCUCGUGAGAAGCUCACGAAGCAGCACAAGAAGUUCUGCAAGACUAUUCUGGCGCUCAUCGAGAAAAGGAUCAAGAAUCCGCCAGGAGCACAAUCGCCCGAAAACGGGGAAAAGACAGAAACGGAAGAGGGGCACGUGAACAGCGCAUUCGUGUUUGGAGACGACCAGCAACAGCUGCAGGUGUACACGAACGAGAGUGCCCGUGAAAACCAGUUUGCCUCGAAAAUGCCUGAGGUAUUCACUGUUGACUUGUGCUCACCCUCUUCAUUUGUUCCGUUUUCAGACUCUCUGGCACACUGCCCAAAAGGGAGACGUCGAGCAUUACGACCUGCUCACUCUGCACCCUCUCGAGAUCGGAAGACAGGUGCGAACUGAUCCCAUCUGGCCUUAUUUGGUCUAUUACCGAUCCUUCAGUUGACACUUCUCCAUUUCGAUCUCUACCGUGCCAUCCAACCGAUCGAACUUGUCGAAGCGGCAUGGACCAAGUCAGAGAAGUGGAGGACGAGCCCGCAGUUGCUCCGUCUCACAGACCAUUCCACUCUUCUCACCUACUGGGUGUCUCGUUCGAUAGUGGAAACAGAAUCACUCGAAGAACGGAUGGCGAUGUUCAAUCGAGUGCUGGAAGUUAUGUCGGUGUUCGAGGAAUUGCACAAUUUCACCGGACUGGUCGCCUUCUACUCCGCACUGAAUUCUGCGUGCGUCUUCAGACUAAAAUGGUGCUGGGAAGUAUGUUUCAUUCAAAUUUGAUACAAUUGAAAAUAUUGGUUACUUCAGAGGUUGGAUAGCGAGAAGCUGAAGUGCUUCGACCGAUUCAACCUGCUCUGCGAAAGACGAUGGCACGAAAUGCAGAAGCGACUCUCCUCGAUAAACCCGCCGUGCAUUCCCUUUUUCGGUCACUAUCUCUCGAACAUAUUCUUUCUCGAGCAGGGAAACAGCACAUUCGUCAAAUCUCCGGUAGCUAAAGAGAAUAUGAAAACGUCGGUGAGUAGCCGUCCGGAAGCAGGUGUGCCUUCGUCUCCCUACCUGGAAAACACCUGUCCCGUCCGAAGCCCACCUUAUUCACCUCCUCUUGCAGGACCCGCCGGACAGUAAGCAGAUCAACAAGCUUGUGUCGUUUCUUAAGUGCCGGAAGAUCUCCGAUGUCAUCCGCGAGAUUCAAAUCUAUCAGAACGAGCGAUACUCGUUGACGUUGGAGCCGACGAUCCGAGUUAGUUUCUUCCUCCUCUUCCUCUCCAUCUCUUUUCUUUUCUCACGAAGACUGAUGUGGGAAACGGCCGCGCGGGUCUCAGCUAAUGAUACUUUGUUUCGUGAGGGGGUCUGCCCCUCCCACAAUUUCCGGUGCCGUUCUCCCUUUCGCACCUCGCCCAUUUGCUGCGCGUACCAACUGUUCGCACUCUCUUAUUCGCCCCUCUGCUUCCCAGUGACUCACUUCGUCAACUUCUCAAAAUCAGAGGAAAGCUGACUCAUAUCAGUCGAAUGUUUUCAUUCCCGCUCACUUUGUUUCUCAGACGCCGUGCUGCUCACUUUCUUCCCCAAUGUUUACGAGCUGCUGCCAACGGUCAACUAGCCGGCUUGUUUCGGGCAGCCUUUUCUUUCGCACUUCUUUCUCCAAUUCCCCGCUGGCCACUUUGUCAGUCGUUUUCGUUUUCUCCCUUUCAACACCCUGGCUGCCCCAGUCUAAAUAAGUGUUGAAAAGUGGCCCUCGACCGGAAUGAAUUAGAAGUCAACUACCGUAACAGCUCUAGAGAGAAACCGUUUGUUACGGAGACUUUGACCCAUGCGACGGUGACCGAAACAAUUAUGAAAUGAGUAGUUUCCUUCUGCGCCCGUUUUUCGGAAUUCCGCAUUAGUUCCGGCUGUUUAGACACGGACUGCUCUUUUCCUUUUUUAGUUUUAGUAUAGGUCUUUCCUUCCGAACAUCGCCUUCCCCUCCACAUUUCUAUUCUCCCGUUCUGGCAUCUGUUUCUACAGAGCCUAACGACCAUGUUCCCAGGGAUUUCCUCUCUGUUCGAGCGACAGUCUCCGGUCGUAACUUACGUCUGGCAUGUGCUGUCACCCCCGUCUAUCCUCAUAGUUUUCUUGCCAUUUGGCUUUUUGUAAUUACAGAAACAAAACAAAGAGCGUUGUGAAACGUAUCCUCAUUUAGACGGCAACAUCAAAUAUCGUAAAAGGUUCUUGUAUGCAUAAUUGCGCAUCACAACUCCGCCGCCGCCUUCAUUUCCUUUUGUUCUUCUUUUUUGGUUACCCGCCUCAUUUCCUGCCCACACUCAACCGGAUUGACGUCGAGAGAGAAGACGAUGCACAACAGCAUAUCCGGUUAUGCUAACCAAAUCACCUCUCAUUCGUGUGCUUUCCAUCCAUGUCAAAGGGUUCAUUCCCAUUUCGCAUUCAUGCGCUUUCCCUCACUUUUUUCCGUCCGUUCCCGCCUCCACCGCCUCUUCCUUCGUCUCCUCGUGUCUUAAGUGACACACACACCACUUCCGGCUUUUCUUGUCUGUUCCGUUCCUCUCUCUCUCUUUCUCUCUCUCGCCACAAUCACCCUCGAUCCAUUUUGUUUUGUCGCUGAUCCAAUUGUUUCAACUACGACAAAAAACCGUCCUGUUAUUAUUGUAUUGUACGUCCGCAGUCGGGUUUUGACCAGAUUCUGAAGCGUGGGCGGUCAUAAUGCUAUGCGCGCGCUCUGUGGGCGGUGAACGCGGCGGCCGAUGGUGUGAAGAGGAGCGAUUACGAGCAGUAAGCAGCGGCGCUUCAUAUCGCAGACUUUAUUAUCCGGGCACCUUCGGAGAACCCUCCCAGGACGUUUGACUUCAAAUGAAUCACUUCCUGCUUUCAGCUAUGUGUCCUCAUAAUUUUUUGUUUGCACACCGUGUUUUUCUCUUUCAUCCCGCUCUGUAACACCCAAAAUCUCGCGUGCACAUGCAACCUUCGCGAAUUCUCAGAAAACAGAACACCUUUUCCAACGAAUUCAUUUCUCGGAAUGGAAUUUUGUCUGAAAGCAAACAUCGCCUACCGCAUUCCGUUUCAUUUGCUCUCCUCCCCCUUAUCCAUUUGUUCUCAUCCACCUUGCUGCCGCUCUCACUGUUUAUGAUUGAUUUAUGGCCAGGGAUCUGGCGCCGUUUAUGCCUCCGCAAUCAACUCUGUCUGCUCUCCUAUCUUUCUGUGCUCUCUACGACCCUAAUAACUUUUGAUGGACUGGUCAGGGCGCUCCUGCUCAGGAGGCCGUUCUAGUGACCGCACACGUGUCUGCCAUACAGCGUUUUGAUGAAUAAUUAUGACUGCCGGCUCAGAAAAAAUAUCGGCGCCACCUGCUCAGUUACUACCGGUUGCAAUUUUAAACUCAUAUACAUUUCAAAUACCGAAAAAGCAAGGGUAGAAAUGUGAGAUUAAAAUAGAUCCCCUUCUUGUUUAUUUGCCAACGCAUAUGUAAUUGGUCUAGGAUCGCUGCUCAAAGAUAAGCAGAUCAAUAACCGACAAUCAAAAUAGUUGGCGUCGUGCCAGAAGAAAACAGCAAAAACAAUGUUAUUUCCAUCUUGAAAGACACACUUAACAUCUAAUCUCAUUUCUCACCCAUUUCCGUUCGUACCCGCUCUUUGUCGUACUCACAUUUCCUCGCUGACUCAUCCCAUUUCAGUCAUGUUUAUGGUUCGCCUUCGUCGUCGAAUCCAACGUGCUCGCCAUGUCUACACGUGUUCCCGUCGUGACUCGGACCGUCAACCUCUUAUCGAGGCACCACUAGCGUCGGCGCCUUUGCCACCUGCACCAAAAAAGACGAAAGCCCCGAAGAGACGUCCGUUGCAACGUGGCGGAUCGACGAAUGUGAAACGGCUGUUGGCUCGAAUGAAGCUCUUGGUAUGCACCGAAAAGCAGUUCAAAGCUCUAUCGUUGAGCCUCAAAACACGGGAAAGACGGGCUCUAAAAAGGGAUAUCUAAACUCUGCUCUCUUCCAUUUUAAACGAGUGACUCAUUGCAGCAGCCACAAAUUACGCGCAUGUAGGCGACAGAAAUGCGUGAAGUUUGGUCGGCUAUGGCAAUUUGAAAAGCUUUUAGGUUGCACAAAAGCGCAGUAUACUGAAUCAGUAAACUAUUUUGUCUCGGUUCCGUUGCUCCGUAGCUUGAACAAGCGUGUUUCUACUUCCAUGCCCCGAGUUUGCUAAUCGGGAAACGUGACGGAAGUUUCGUGUCAUCUUGAGAAGAUUUUAAGGUGUAGAAUGUAGAAGAUGAUCAGAAGCAAAUAGGACGUCUUCCGGCUGACAUCACCUAUGUCCUUUGAAAGUCUCGAAUGGAGACAGUCUCUCAGCUCACCAGGGGUCCAUGAAGACGUGGACGAAUGGAUGGGAACCUUGCGGGAACCCCCUGGACAAAUGACUAAUUUGGGAACGGUUUUUGUCUGAAGUGAACACUCGUAUUCGAAAAUUAACGAAUUUUCGUGGGAAUUACGGAACAUUCAUCUUCUUUCUUGUGUUUUGUUCCUCCCCCAUUUCGAAGGAAUAGCUUGCACUCGUUCUGAUGCGUCGGAAUGUGACACUAAAAGUUUUUCAUAAACUCAGUAGACCUUCCUAACUACAAAGACUACAAAAUAAUUUGUGGCUGUUAAAAAAAAAGAUGCUACAUUCUUUCUGCCUGUAAACAGAAACAGUGAUGUGCUCAGAGAUCACAUCUGCUGAUUGAGCCGUUCCCGAUAAUAACACCUGAUACCGUGUCACUGCAGCUGUUCUUCAUCGCGCCCUACGUAGUUUCGAAUGAUUUCAUUUCUUCGCAGAUGUUGCACUUCUAUCGCCUGCAAAGAGAGAAGUAGAGAGAGAAAGACGAAUGUACUCUUCGUAUCCCUCAUGCCUAUAUUUACUCUAGCUCGCAUGCUCGAAAAAGACACGCAGCGGCAACAUGAAACACUCGUAUGAGUCACUCAGCUUGGUUCAGGAAAAUCAUGGAGCACGUUGGGGACCCUGCCUCUUCUCUGCGUCUUCCGAGCCCUCCAUCUCGGGUGGUUCCGCGCGGCGCCGUCCCUCGGUGCCAGGCGCCGCCGCGUACCCGGGAUUCCAUGAACAUAGCGGCGCGAGCAACAUCUCGAAUCCGUCGCCUCUGCUGACGCGGCACGCUUCACCACGGUCGACGAGCUCCUAGGUUUAAUUGAGGACGACUCAGCAGCAGCCGCGACUCUCGUCUCCCUCGCGCCCAUCUUCUGCUUCUCCGCUCCUCUUCCCGAAACUCCGCCCAUUUCGACAUCGGGCGGAGUGAGGGAGGGGGAUGAAUGAGCCGGAGCCGCGAGUGAAACGAGAGGGAGCAAUGAGUCAUUUUGAUUUUGAGCACUAGAGGCGAAAAGCGUGAUUAUGGAACCUCCACCGGUUCCGCCCUACCUGCCGGACCCACCGGACGAACCGAUCUUAAAGAGCUUCUACUUCGAGCCGGAUCACAGUAGUAUGAACUGGCAGACGACGAAAGACGUAAUGAUUCUGUGUGAACCGUCGACUCAUCGCAUCUCGUGUGCCAUCGUUGAGUCAACCACUAUUCCUCCACCUACCAUAUUACUACCAAAACGAGUGAAGCCGCCAAUCUCGAACGUCCGUCGUCGAUUUCAUCGUGUAAAGGUACAAAAACAUUUGGGCAUUCCAUUCCUUCGCUUCCUGUCAUUCCUAGGGGCCAUAUUACAAAGUGUCCCCCUGUAAUCAGCCCGCAAUCAUUCUCAUGUUGUCCUAAAACUUUGUGUUGUAAACUGUGCCGAAUGCCUUUUCCAGGCAGGUGUCAUACUGUCCGCGUCCUUCUAGGAGGGGCGGAGUCGGGCCCUUUUUAAUAGGUGUCAACAGGCGAGCAGUCCUCAGUCUUUGUCCACAGGACGACCCUACUACACCCUCUCGCUCAUCUCUCUUCCACCAAUCCGCACACCCAUAUUAUCCCUUUCGCACACUGUCCCUAUACUGUGUGUUUCUUUGCAUUGUGCAACUAGUGCUCCUUCGUCCCCUACUUACUACUGCCGUAUUAGAAGAAAGCCAUGCUUCUCGCUCGACAAACUGGGGUAUGUUUAUUUUAUCGUGCAUAUUGACAUCAUUCCCAUUUUUCGGAAACGACAAAAUAUUUAGUGCCUAGUUGGUGUGUGGCCAAGACUAGUACUAGCGGCAGUUGCCUUCCAGUUUAGUACAGUUGGAAAUUCGUGAUACUUUUUGCGUUCCCCAUUCCCCCUCCUUUUCGUAGAAACAUGGUAUUUACACAUCGAAUGGGAGAUGCUGCAGGGACACUUGAUAAUAUUUGCAAAUAUGCACAGACUUCCUCAUUCUCCGUUCGUGUCGCUGGGCUAGUGCCACGUCAGAAGAGAUCGCCGAAGAACGGCAACUUGUUUACACCGACCGGGAACUCCAAUCCAUUCCGAGAAUUGGAUUGCCUUUCUUAGUGUCGAACAUCAGACAUCAGGCGAUGACUCUGUCAGUGUCCAACCACUUACUAAUUGCCUUUCCCAAGUGGUUAAUCUUGUAAUUAUCUCUUAGACAGAUCUGUACCAUACGGAGAGACUAAUUGUAAGGUCCUGUAAAUGACAAGUCCUUAGGUACCAGGCGGUCCUUUUUGGCCUGUUCGAACACUUCUUUUGAAUAGAGUGAUUUUUACCGCUGUUCGCACCUGACUGUAGACAACGCGGUGUCAAGUGUGAUGUAAUACGGUAUUACGAGGCCUAAGAUUAUUGUUUCGAACAACGGACUGAUGAUGACCAGGUGUCAUCGGGAUUAUGCAAUCCACACGUCUCUUCAGCCAUCACCUUUUCAUGAUGGACCACGUAUUUGAGGGGACUGGAGUAGGUGAAGACAUUCGAAUGAGUGGCUGCGGACUGCGAGGGAAAGGGUGGUCUUGUGACCCAUCAGCUGAGAGGGCUCCAUUCAAUUUUUCAAGAGAGAUAGAAACAGAGGGCAUCUGGCAGUUGAUGGCUAAAAGAAAUAAAUUGGCGUGUUCUUCUGCAAGUGCUAGGUGCAUUCGUUCUAUGCUUCCCCUCGACCCCAAUGCGAACCGGUCGCCAGGCAGGUCCAGCAAUCGCCAUGAUCCUUAUGUCACGGGUUGGACAGCAGUGCCUUACACGGUAAUCAUAUGACUGAACUGUUGACUGCUUUCGGCGAUAAAUCACUGAGAGUGUGUCAAUCCACGCGUCAUUCACAGCCCUUCCAGUUCUGAGAUGGCAAACACUUUGUUCCUUUCCCCCCAGUAUCUAUCCGUUUCCCUCGCCUCCUCCCCAAUUCGACUUCCGGCGGUUCGAUUCGAAUAGGAAACAAAGAUGACCUAUGAUGUUUUGCGUUUCUAUUUCGAUCAUCACAGACACUAAAAAUAGCAUUCCUACUGUGAAGGAGGAACCUGUCUUGCCAGUUUAUCUUUGAACUUGGCCUUUUUGUGAUAGUUUUUUGACAGCUAUGAGAUUGAUGAAGAUGCUACCUCUGCUUCCGGCGGUGGAAAAAGUGACUUGCACAACGAGCAGCUGCCAGCAGAACUUUGUGUUUUGGCGGUUAGAGUAUAUGCCCCACUGCUCCCCUUCCGAACUACGUCUCGUGAUCUCCGAUUCAUGUUUCGACGACGUCGAGUGACCAUUCAAAAAAUAGAUGGCUUGACACCUUCCUCAGCCAGACGGUGAUCGGUCAAUGAUCGUUUUGAUACUUUCCCUUCUCCUCCAGUUGAUCGUCGCUUUGUUUUCGACACCUCGUCAUGUUAGUCUCCCGUUCUUGCGCCUGCCUGCAGUCGAAUGUCACAUGACACGACACUUGCUGAAAUUACCUGCGAUCCAGCAUCUGGGCGCCCGUCUCUCCGUCCUCCGGCUAUACAACACUUCCGGUGAAGCAAUUGUGCGGCGCUUCCUUUCUCCCGCACACACCCGGGGCACUCCCAUCCACCUCCGCCGUCAUUUUUUAUGAGAAAAAACGGAUAAUGUCGGCCGGAACGAUCGGAUGAUGGCAGAAAGUGGCACACGGGUGGCUCUCCGGCCACUUCUUUAGUAUCGCAUUACUGUAGAUGAGUAGGUAAAAAAAAGGUUUGCCACAGACACAAAUAAGUCAGAUUGCCAACCAGGAAGUGGUAUAACUGGCUAAGAGAACCGACUUGUUGUUUUUUCAAAAAAUGACUUUGCUCAUUCUGCUGAUAGACUUGUUCUCUUUUCAACCUUCACCUGGACUAACUCAUAAAGAAACAAAGAAUUUCGAAAUAGACACUACAAACAAAUUGACACUGUUUCGAUCUAUCGGCCGAAUCAAUCAUAUCCGGCCCGCUAUUAUCGCCAUAUGACUUGUUACGACGCCUUUAGUCUUCCUCGAUUCUCCUCGUUUUUGUCUUCUUUCGCUAAUGCGGUCUGGAAUGAAUGCUGGCGCCAAAAGUGAAGGAAAUGUUGGGGUUGAGAGGAACAGAACGGAGAAGAAGUUGGAGAAAUGAGAAAAAGAGGAGACACGCUGACAGUCGGUCGGGCCGCCGCACGCAUUCUCUCCCCGGUGAUAACAAAGCACUUCCGGUGCGACGUGGCCUUUCCUCGUCACGAAUUCGCUUCAUUUCCAGCUUCUUCUCUCGUCUUCUGAUGUCAUCGGUCACACCAGGCCUUACUCAUCUUUCCGUCUGUGAUGACCAACAGAUAUUAGAAAACGGAUUAAAGACGUGCAUAUUUUAGGAAAAGCACAAGAGAUUAGCCCAUCCGAGAUAUCCCUCCGGAUCGGAAUUAGGCGAAAGUUUGUAGUUCUGCUGAAAUUGAAAAAUGUGUAAGGGACCGAAGUUCGGCUGUAGGGAACUGAUCACUUCCGACAAUUGACGACAUUCCUCCAAUCAUAGCUAAACCAAUACGCGCUGACACUUUGUCAUCUUCGCAGACUUCCGCAGCUUUGUUCGCGCUGCUUCUCUCUUUUGCGGCGUGUCUGAAUUCCCUCUAUAAAUCUCCUCUUCUUCGGCGACCUUUUCCGAUAUCAUUCCUUUUUCGGACCGCAACAAGUACUCAUGCUAUCGUAUCAUUUCUGUUGCUGCACAACGCCACAAUCGCCCACAGAAAAGUGGUCGUUCCAGAAAGUAGGCUUUUGGGGUUUAGAAAAUCUAAGCACAUUCUGAAGAAUGUAACCAUCAAAUCUUCAAAUAAUCUCUUUUGCAGCAAUUCUUCGAGUCGAUCAAUCCGAGAAACGACUUCAAAAGCAAUGAAGACUUGGAAGAGUACUUGUACAACAAGUCGCUGGAGAUUCAGCCGAAAGGACAAGACGCCCCCGCCUCUGAAGUGGUUUGUCUUGCUUCAGAUGACAGGAGCGUAACUUAUUCAAUUUCAGAAGCCGAAGCACAAUGCAUCGACUCUCCGUUCGCCUGGAGUCAAGCCACCGAAACAGGGAAAUCAUUACUCGGCCAACCAUCCGAUUGGCCUUCAUUUGCACACGCAACUAUCUCAUCCGGUCGGCCACCAAUCGAGCACUGUUCCUAACACUCCGGUUUCUGCUCACGAGGCCAAGCGCAGCUUCUCUCAGAAUCAGGAGGACAGUCAGUUCGCACUGGUCGACGUGCGAUACGAUCGGAAAGGAAACCAGCAGAAGAUUCGUGAGUUCAUUUCAUUCUUGGCUGUUAGCUGGGAGAACGUGAAAGGGGGCGAUGUAAACACCGCGGUUUUUUGGGCAAAGUUGUGCGAUCGGACAUCUUCAUCUGAAGAGGGGAGACGGCAGACGUCGAGAAAACGGGGCAUAACACUUAUGAUUGGCGUGCGAGAGACGCAAUCAGUCGUCACGACCGUUCGCCGGAUUGUCGGCCGUCCCCAUCUUCGUUUCCUUCCUCGUUCUCGAAUAUUCCCUCAAUGAACUUUUUAUUCCGCAAAAGAACCGGAGGAUCCCGUCCCUUGUCGCCGACGCCUACUCUCAAAGGUCCGCUCCGCCCUCUCCUCACGCGCUCUCGCCUAGUCUCCACCCACUUCCCAUCGUCCCUUUCCUAUCACAUAAUAUAAAACUAUGACCCGGUGUUCAGCUGUUCUUCAACCUCCUCCACUGGUGCCACGUGUUCGUAACCAGACAACCAGCAUCUCGAGUUCACUGCCACCGACCACUCAAGCCCCGAUGCCACCACUUCCAAGGUCUUCCGGAAUCAUGAGCACCGCCUCAAGCCCGACGAGCACCUCGACGACCCCCAGCUCGGCCGCUGGUCCUGCUCCGAAGCUCUAUCCGAGACGCGUCGCUCCGCCGAUGUCCCCAUUGGCUAAAUCUCCACUCACUCCAUCAAAGGGUUAGUCUUUCCCUCUUCUUUUUCGUUUCUAUCCAUCUUUUUCUGACUACUGCACUUACCGAAACCUGUUUAUCAUAUCAGUGUCUCAUCGGUUCUUUUAGUUCAUUCAGAGUAGUAGUUGGUGUCUCUUUCAAAAAAAAAUCAAAUGCGAUUGAAGUGUAAUCGUUUCCGAUUGCAGACAAUUCGCCUUCGCCAUCGGCCUUCCAGUUCCCGAUCGUCUACGAAGCGCCACCCCCACUUCCGCCCCGUCCGUCGAACUCCUCCACUUUCGAUGCCUCUUCUUCAUCGCCGAGCACCUCCUCAUCGGCCAAAGAGAAUCAGGAGCAGUUGCGAGUUAUCUUCGAUCGGUAAGACUUGAAAGGUUUUUAUCAUUCGAAAGUUUUCCCAAGUUUCAGAGAAGAAUCCCACUCACCGACGGUGCGUCUCUCCGUGCCUCUCCCUCCGGCUCUUCCUCCUCCGAGAGGAUCUUCCGUCUUCGGGGCGCCACCUCCACUUCCACCAAAAUCAAAGUGAGUCACUAUUAUCACUGUAGACAUUUUCAUUUCUGUACUCUUCAGUCGCCACAACAGCAGUAGUCCAACCUCUUCGGAUCCUUUCGACGACCCGACGUCUCCGUCGAUCUUCGUCAACACUCCGCCACCACCAUUGCCCCCGAAGACGUACAAAAUCAGUAGAAAGGCAGAUAAGUAG